GCGACUGCACUGCGGCUGUCAAUACCGAUGGUUCCGCCAGCGGUGGGCUGUCAACGGCUUAAAGCGUAACGCUGGCGAAGGGGAAGUGUACGAGAUCCAGUACGCUUCUUGGGCCAAUGCCAAAUUUACCAAAGAAGACGUCUUCGUGCCCGUUAACUGCGCCGCUCCUUUCCUUAACGGAUCCGCCUCCGUCGACUUCGCACAAGAAAUGUACUCUAUCAACGAAGAACACUUUGCCAAAAAUUGGCAUCCCGAAUGCAAGAACGACAACAGCGUCAAGCGCAGUUUCCCGGUGUGGUCCAGCGACCCACCCACCGACGAGGUCUGCCGCGUGGCGUCCGAUCAAGUGCUGGGACGCGCUGGGCCUGCCGUACGGCGAGUGUGACCAUGGACGCUUCAAUUUCACGAAUGACUCGGACAACGAUCAUUACUGCGCCACGCCCGACGGGAUUGUUCAGGAACUGCGGGAAGUGGCGCCCGCCAUCGCCCGGAUACGGCCGCUACCCCUCCGUCUUGGUCUGACCGGCGUCCAGGCCGCCGCCGUAACUGCGCCCGACCUGGAGCCCAUGCGCCACCUAAUCACCUGGUUCUGGAGCGUUGAAUGCGUCGACGACCGUAUCACACACAAGCUGAACGAAUACGACCUCUACAACACGUUGGCGCACUGGGUGGGCGACUGCAAGGACCUUGACGUCCGCCGCGAGGACUACCAGCGCUCGCCGCUGCUGCGCGAUAUCGUCUUCCGCCGCAGCAUCAUCCGCACGCUGGAAACGAACGCCUUCAGUGACCUGCCGCAGUUGCGGAUGGUGAGCUUGGAGUACGGCAUCUUCCACCCGAGCGGGGAGUGGCACCAGCCCGAGACGACGGUCUUCACGAAGCCCGUGCGCGACUACCUGUUUGCCGUGCACUGCGGCUGCGAGUUCGCCUGGUUCCGGCGGUGGCGCAGCAGCGCGGCGCUGGUCAACGGCUCCGAGCACGAUUACUGCCUGACUUACAAAUUUAAAACCGCCUGGGGCGGCGUCUGCUUCCCGGUGCCGGACCUGUACGUGCCCAUCGACUGCGCGCGGGGGAUGCCCACCGGCGCAGCGAGUGUGGACCUCAACCAGACCGCGUUCUCGCGCAACGAAGGCGACUGUGGACCCAUGACGGCAUGAACAGCUGAUGCCCGGGAGUCAAGGGCCUGAACGGUUGCCCAUAGCUUUUUUAUAUGCAGUUAGUUUUCUCUGACCUGAAAAACGAAGCACUACUGCC